AUGAAGUUUGCAAUAUUUCGUGCCGACAUUACUUCAAUUGCAUUCAAAAAAGAUUAUUACAGCGAGGUGAAGUCAAUAUUUCAGAAUGAAAUGUCAGGCAAGAGAGAAAAUACCAGCGAAAUGGUGGAAAAUAUGUUUAUGAUAUUUCUUGCUGUGCCGACUGUUUUCAAUAUUGAUCGCAUUAAGACUGAAGGUCUGGGAGCGACAUUGAGGCAACAAAACAAAAGUUAA